AGGAGUUAGGCCUAGAUUCAAAGAAAAGAAAAGAAAAGAAAGCUUGAAUGGGUGUCGAGAAGAUGCAGCUAGGCAGCAGAGAAGAGAAGAGGCGUGAGGAGGUAACAUGGGGAGGGUUUGCGGGAGAGCUAAAGAAGGUGGGUUGCUUGGCAGCGCCAAUGGUGGUAGCAACAGUGUCACAGUACCUUUUGCAAGUGGCGUCGGUGGUGAUGGUCGGACAUCUGGGUCAGGUUUCGCUGUCUGCUGUGGCCAUUGCCACUGCUCUCACCAAUGUUACCGGCUUUAGCCUUCUUUCAGGAUUGGCAGGUGGAUUGGAAACUCUAUGUGGGCAAGCUUAUGGAGCACAUCAAUAUGGAAAGCUUGGAAUCUAUACUUACAGUGCCACCAUUUCUCUUGCUCUUGUUUGCCUCCCAAUCUGUCUCCUGUGGAUCUUCAUGGACAAAUUACUCAUUCUCAUAGGCCAAGAUCCUUUGAUCGCACAUGAAGCUCGCAAUUACUCAAUUUGGCUUAUCCCUGGCCUAUAUGGCAGUGCAAUUCUUAAGCCAUUGGUCCGGUACUUGCAGACUCAGAGUUUGAUUUUUCCAAUGCUCAUAAGCUCCUUGAUAAUUCUAGGUUUACAUAUACCAAUAUGUUGGAGUCUUGUAUUUAAGUUGGAGCUAGGAAACAUAGGAGCAGCGGUGGCCAUCAGUAUAUCCAGUUGGUUGAAUGUUGUAUUACUGGUGCUGUAUGUUAAGUACUCUUCAGCCUGUGAGAAAACCCGCAUGUCAUUCUCUAAAGAUGCUUUCUUUGUUAUGGGAGAAUUCUUCCAUUUUGCUGUCCCAGCUGCUGUAAUGGUUUGCCUUAAAUGGUGGUCAUGUGAGCUGCUUACUUUGCUGUCUGGCCUUUUACCAAAUCCAAAGCUGGAGUCUUCAAUUCUUGCUAUAUGCCUUACUAUCACUACAUUGCAUUUCACCAUACCAUACGGGCUAGGGGCGGUUGCAAGUACUCGAGUGUCGAAUGAACUAGGAGCUGGAAAUCCACAAGCGGCUCGAGUGGCUGUUUGGGCAGUAAUGUUUCUAGCAAUCAUAGAGACUACUGUUGUAAGCACAACCCUCUUUUGCUGCCGCUAUGUUUUGGGAUAUGCUUACAGCAGCGACAAGCAAAUUGUGGACAACGUUGCAGUAAUGGCUCCUCUGAUCUGUCUCUCCAUUGUCAUGGACAGCAUACAAGGAGUUCUUUCUGGAGUCGCUAGAGGAAGCGGGUGGCAGCAUAUUGGAGCCUAUAUUAAUCUUGGAGCAUUUUAUGUUGUGGGACUUCCUGUGGCUAUCAUACUGGGCUUCGUUGUACAUUUGAAAGCUAAGGGACUUUGGAUUGGAAUAGUAACUGGGUCUGUUGUACAGUCAACUCUUCUUUCUAUUAUAACAGGUUUCACAAAUUGGAAAAAGCAGGCUAACAAGGCCAGAGAGAGGAUAUUUGAGGGGCCAUCUUCAGUAGAGAAUAGAUCAGAAUUGAAUGAGCCAAAGAGAAUUUCUGAUGAAGUUGUGACAAAUUGAGUUGGAAUGAUCGUACUAUUAGUUUAUCAAUUUACUUCUAAAUUACUGUUUUUGAUAACAAGAAUUAAUAUUCUUUAAAUGACCAAUAACCUUUUAAUUAAA